UUGUCCAAACCAACCAACCAAAACUAAAAAAAAAAAGCGAAACUCUCUCUCCUCUCCGUUUCUCUCUCUAGGAGAGAGCGCCGGAAUCGAGUGGUCUCCGGCGGAGACUCGCCGGAAUCAGGUGGAACGCCGCUGCGUCGUGGGAGGAGGGUGAACUUGGAAAGAAAAAAAAUUGAACGUCGAUCCAUUUUUAAAAAAAUUGUGGCGGAUUUGUUUUUUUUUUUUGGUGGAAUUAAAUAUUCUCCGAUGGUUGUGAUUGGAUAGAAGGAAACAAAAAGCAAAGGAGGAAGAUAAAAGAGAGAAGGCGAAAUUAUUCUGUUCUCUCUCCUUCUCUCUCUACAUCUGCGGUGCUGUGUUUUUCCUUGGGUCUCUGAUACCGUGAGGAAGGUAUAUGAGAUCCGUUCAUUAGUUGUGGAAGCUGUUUGCUGAAAAGCUGAUUCGAUUUUGUUCUGGAGGAAUUCAGAGGGAAGGAGCAGAAUUUGAAUUGGGUUUAUUCAGAGUUAGGGAGUGGCUCUAUGUUCAGUGGAUGGAACUAGCGACUUAAAAAGUUUUUGAGUGAGGUAUCAUCUUUUGAAUUUUUCUUUGUGAUCUGCAUGAUGCCGUCGGAGAUUAUGGAACAGGGAGGUGUCUCGGCAUCCUCCCACUUUCACGAAGAAAAUCGCCUCACUCCAGAGAAACAAUUUGGUUUCUGGAAAACGAAUCCAAUGCCUGAUAACCAAGGCCAUGGGGAUAAAAUUCCCAAUCUAUCAAGGAGUUCAUGGACUUCCGAAAAUUGCCAGCCGAAGCCAGAAUCAAGCAUGUCCCCUGUGUUGCCAUCUGUUAACCCUAAUGGGAAAACAGCUGCAACUGAUACUGAGUGGGAAAGCAGUCUCUUCUCCAGCUCACUCUCUGAAUUAUUUAGUAGAAAACUACGGUUACAGAGGAGUGAUAUGCUAUCUUCUCAGCCUGCAAAUACAGCUGCUUCCCAUCGUGAGGUCGACGAACCUUUUGAGUCUCUUGAAGAGAUUGAGGCACAAACUAUUGGAAAUCUUCUUCCAGAUGAGGAUGAUCUCUUCGCGGAAGUGGUUGGUGAGGUUGGGCGCAAAUCUCGUGCCAAUAAUGGAGAUGAUUUGGAUGAUUUUGACCUUUUCAGCAGUGUUGGUGGCCUGGAACUAGACGGAGAUGUUCUCUCGUCUGGGGCCCAAAGAAAUUUUGAUUUCAUGAAAGUUGCAAAUGGUGAGUUUGGCGCCAAUGUUUCUAUUAUUGGCGAACAUCCUCAGGUAGAAAUUCCAUCCAGGACACUUUUUGUCAGAAAUCAAAAUGGCAAUGUUGAAGAUUAUGAGUUGAAGGCCCUUUUUGAGCAAUAUGGAGAUAUCCGUGCUCUUUAUACAGCCUGCAAAAAUCGUGGAUUUGUCAUGGUAUCUUACUAUGAUAUAAGGGCUGCCCAGAAUGCGAUGAGAGCACUUCAAGACAAGCUGUUGAGGCGAGCUGAGCUUGACAUUCAUUUUUCCAUCCCAAAGGAAAUUCUAUCAGAAGAGGACAUAAAUCAAGGAGCAUUGUUGGUUAAUAAUCUCGAUACCUUCAUUUCAAGUGAAGAGCUUCAUCAUAUAUUCGGUUCAUAUGGAGAAAUCAAAGAGAUUCGUAAAGCCACACUUGAGAAUCAGCAGAUAUACGUAGAAUUCUAUGAUAUUCGAGCUGCUGAGGCUGCUCUUCGUGGAUUAAAUGGAAGUGAAAUUUCUGGGAAGCAGCUGAAACUUACACCAGCUCGAGCACAGGGUACACGUAAUUUAUCAUCAGGACACAUGGGUAGAAACUUCAUUGGAAUAAGAGCUUCUAGUUCCAUCAAUGGCGGAUCUAUGCGUAGUCUGCUGAAUCCUAUCAGGUCUCCGGUGAACUCUUUCAUUGAACGCAAUCAGAGUUUCAACAUUCCUGGCUUGCCGUCUUCAGCAAGAGUAAUUUCUGCAAGCAAGCCAAUUGGUCUUCAGGAGCCCAACCACCCUUUUGAUAAUUCGACGAUGGGGAUCCAGAGUAUGCAAUAUCUGCAUUCCCAUUCUUUACCAGAGUAUCACGACAACUUUGCAAGUGGCAGUCCAUAUAAGUCCUCUAAAAUGUUUUCGGAAAUGGUUAGUAAUGGCUCAAAAGCAAAUGAUGGUUUUAUGACUAACAAAGUUCAUGGAGCUGGUGCUGAUGGAUUUAAUGGAGGGGUAAUAGGAUCUCCCAUGAGUGAAAGCGCUCAUCGUGCAAACCACAGUUUAUGGAGCAACUCUAACUCUCAGCAACCGAGUUUGACAAGUGGCAUGAUGUGGUCCAACUCACCGUCACAUGUCAAUAGCAUUCCUCAGCGCAUCCCAACUGCUGCCGCAUUUUCUAGGGCACCUUCUCUAAUGGUGAAUAUGUCAUCAUCCCCUGUACAUCACCACAUUGGGUCUGCACCAGUGAUGAAUUCGCCUUUCUGGGAUAGAAGACAGCCCUUUGUUACAGAAUCUCCAGAAUCUUCUGGCUUCCACUUAGGUUCUCACGGGAGCAUGGGAUUUCCUGGCUCUUCUCCGUCACAUCCAAUGGAAAUUGCUUCUCGUAAGAUUUUUGCUCAUGUUGGUGGCAAUCACAUGGAUUUAAAUGCCGCAAAUGCUGUAUUGCGAUCUCCUCAACAAAUGUCUCACCUCUUUCCUGGAAAGAACCCGAUGGUUUCAGUGCCAGGCUCAUUUGAUUCUCCAACUGAACGAUACAGAAACCUCUCUCACCGUAGAAGUGACCCUAGUUCUAGUAGUGCUGACAAGAAACAGUACGAGCUUGACGUUGAUCGCAUAUUGCGUGGGGAGGACAGCAGAACAACGUUGAUGAUAAAGAACAUUCCUAACAAGUACACCUCAAAGAUGCUUCUAGCUGCAAUUGAUGAGCAUUGCAAAGGAACCUAUGAUUUUCUUUAUUUACCAAUUGACUUCAAGAACAAAUGCAAUGUGGGCUAUGCUUUCAUCAACCUAAUUGAUCCUAAAAAGAUUGUUCCAUUUCAUAAGGCAUUCAAUGGUAAGAAAUGGGAAAAGUUUAACAGUGAAAAGGUGGCGUCUAUUGCGUAUGCUCGGAUUCAGGGAAAAGCAGCUCUUAUAGCUCAUUUCCAGAAUUCAAGUUUGAUGAAUGAAGACAAACGUUGCCGCCCUAUUCUCUUACACACCGAUGGCCCAAAUGCUGGUGAUCAGGAGCCAUUUCCAAUGGGCACCAACAUCCGUUCAAGACCAGGCAAGCCUCGAAUGAGCAGCAUUGACAGCUAUAACACCCACAGCAGCUCUUCUGUUUUGGAAAACCGAGAAGAAGAACCUCCAAAUGUAACCGACUCUUCCUCGAAGGAGAACUAACCGAUAGGCAACCAAAUCAGCUCCAUCCAAAUCCAGCGCACUAACCUUUAGAAAACCAAACCGUGUGAGAAGGUAAAAGAGAAAGAGAAAAGGGAAGAAAGGUUGAAACUUCACCGCUACAGAUAUAGAAUCCGCACCCAUAGUUCUGUAUAUCCAGGGUGUUGGUUUUCACAACUGCAGGCUGCAGUAGAGGAGAAAAUUUUUGGGAGAUAUGAUAAAAAAAACUUGACACCCUGUGAAGUGGAACCCCCUCUGGUGUUACUGCUUCACAAAUUUUGUUGUAUCAUCAUAUUUUUAGGAACAUGGGCUGACGUAAAUCCCCCGGAUGGGGAAAUUUUUGGCUUUAUGUACGACAUCGAUGGCUGUGACAAAGACAUUGUUGCAGAUAGCUCCCAGAGACAUCUGGUAGUUUUUUUUUUUUGGUGUUCUAAGAUAUUUUUGAACCUCUGUUUUGGAGUCUUGAGGACAUCAUUCUUAGUCCACGUUUUGUUGUCAUUUGCUGACUUCUGGUUAUUCAUUCUGUAGUUCUGGUCC